UGUAGUGGGUGUCUUUUUUUUCUUGCUAUGGUUGGCUUUCAAUAAAUCUACAACACAGUAAUUCAUUGAGAUUCAUUUGCUGGCAGGGGGCUAACUAAUGUUAGGUAGGUUGUUAUGAAUGUUUACAGGUAUAACUGGUGUAACUAUGAUGUUACAUAAACCACCGCAGUGAUUGUUACAGCUAAAGUGGUGUAAUGAUUGAAAUCGUCAAGCUAACGUUUACUAGCCUGCUACUAUCCCCUGUAGUAAAAGGCUAUCACGUUGGCUUUAGUUGUUCACGGCAGCGGUUUGCUGUUUGAUGUUUCAUUUAGCAUAAAGGCCGAUAUUCUGUUAGCCCUGUGUUUGUUAUUUAAUAGCUGAUGGGCUUGUCAGACUAGAUUCUUGAGCUUUGGCUAGCUAGCAGCUCUUGCUGUGCUAACGCACAGUGUAAUGCUAAAGCUCCUACACUUUAGCUUACUGCAGAAGCUUGAGCUGUUCACUCGAAUUUGGAUGACAAAGGGAAACGAAAUUUUUUACUAAAGCGAAAAAAUUUGUGUUUUUUGUUUGGUAAUUUUAAAUGUAAAGUUGGCGGUAUCCUCUAAGAACUGUGUCGCCGUGUUCCGUCGAUGCUAGUUAUUUUUAGCUAGGCUAGCCCAUUUUUUGAAACCGGGUGGUGAUGUGAAACAGUGAGAAAACAGUGAGCUACCUAAACGUUUCUUCAUUUACUGCUAUUAUCUUCUAAUAAUCUACACUGUCUGGUUUGUAGCUUUCUCAAAUAUCUGCCACAAUGACAACUAUUGUCCAUGACACUACAGAGGCAGUGUGCCUCUCCUCUGAGUACAACCUGUACCUAAAGCCUAUUGCUAAGAUGACCAUUAGUGUAGCUUUGCCACAGCUCAAACUGCCAGGCAAGAGCAUCUCCAACUGGGAGGUAAUGGAGAGAGUAAAGGCCAUGGUUGCUCCCGACCAGUUUUCAGUCCUGCGGAUCUCCAAGAGCACCAUGGACUUCAUCCGCUUUGAGGGAGAGGUGGAGAACAAGACAGUGGUGAAGAGCCUGCUGAGCCGUCUUGAUGGAAAGACCAUCAAACUCAGUGGGUUUACUGAUGUACUGAAGGUUCGUGCUGUAGAAAAUAAGGUGGACUUUCCUACACGGCAUGACUGGGACUCCUUCUUCCGUGAUGCAAAGGACAUGAAUGAGACUCUGCCGGGAGAGAGGCCUGACACCAUUCACCUUGAGGGACUUCCUUGCCGCUGGUUCAGUCAGAAGGACAGCCAGUUCCCAGACAGGCCUUCUGAAGAGGUCCUUAUUGCUGUGUUCCAGACAUUUGGCAAGGUGCGAAAUGUUGACAUCCCUAUGCUGGACCCAUACAGGGAAGAGAUGACAGACAAGAACUUCAGCACAUUCAGUUUCGGGGGCCAUUUGAACUUUGAGGCUUAUGUCCAGUACCAGGAGUACUGUGGUUUCACCAAGGCAAUGGACACUCUGCGCAGCAUGAAGCUGAUGCUGAAAGGAGAUGAUGGAAAGGCAGUGGCCUGUAAUAUCAAGGUGGCUUUUGACACCAGCAAGCACCUGAGUGAGUCGGCUCUGAAGAGAAGGAGUCAAGAGAGGCUGAAGUUACAGGAGCUGGAGAGGCAGAGAGAGGAGCAGAAACGACGAGAGAAAGAAGAGGAGGAGCGACGUAAGGAGGAGGAGAGGAAACAGAAGGAGCUGGAAGAGGAGGAGAAGGAGAGGAAGAAGGAAGAGAAGAUCCGAAAGCGAGAGCAGAAGCUGCGUGAGAGAGAGGAGAGGAAGAACCUGAAGAGGGUGAGGCGACAGCAGGAAGAGGAGCAGAAGAAACUGCAGAUGAAGAUUGCAAUGGAGGAGAGAAGGCUGCUGUUAGCUCAGCGCAACCUGGAAUCCAUCCGGCUCAUCGCUGAGCUGCUGGCCAGAGCCAAGACACUGAAGCAGCAGCAAGAUGAGAAAGAAAGAGCUGAAAAAGAGGAGCGAGAAAGGCAAGAGCAAGCGCAAAAGCAGGAGGAGCUCGUCCGUCUUCAGCAACUGGAAGCCUGCCGACGCAAGCAGGAGGAGGAGCUCCGGAGGGUGGAGGUGGAGAAGGAGCGUGCGCUGGAGCUUCAGCGCAGGGAGAAGGAGCUGAGAGAACGACUUCUCUGCAACCUGUUGAAGAAGAGCAGUGGUAAAACCACAAAAGGCUCAGGCAAUCAGGACCCUGAAACAAAUGAGGAAGCCUCUGAUCCUGUAGGGAAUGAGAUGAUGUUGGGGGUCCUGGGACUGGUUAAUGGAUUCAAAGCAGCUGAGAGCAAAGAGAAGCAGGCAUCUAAAUCUAGUGUACACUUGGGAAAAAACAGAGCAACCGAGGAAAAGAGAGGAGGAGAUGACAGGAAGAAAGUUCGGGAGGGAAAGAGGGAAGAGGAGGUGAGGAGCAGGCACAGCAGGGAGCGAGCACGGGACAGAGACCACUACCACAGAGAAAAGAGCCCCUACAGCCGGGGUAGGAGGAGGCGCUCUCACAGCUACAGCAGGAGGAGAAGGAGCUCGAGCCGCCAUAGGAGGAGCUCUAGUCGUCACAGAAGGAGCUCCACUUACCACAACGGCAGGAGGCGCAGCCAUAGUCAUCACUGUAGGAGCAUGAGCUCCAGCCGGGACAGGAGCAGGAGUAGCAGUGGGAGGAGCUACAGCAGGGGGAGGAACCACAGGCGUAGUCAUCGCAGAUACAGCAGAGGAAGCUCCAGGAGCAGCAAUAAAAGUAGGGAGAGGAGGAGUCACAGUCAUUACAGCAGGAGGUACAGGAGACGCAGCUACAGCAGAGACAGGAGCCAUUCAAGACGUCGCUAAUCUCAUCAAUAUGAUCCGUUUAGUUUGGCUUACACUUAAGGAUUUAAUCAACGAUAUUUUUGGAUUCAUCAACCAAGUAGUGUGAUGUGGCAGUGCACUAAAUGGCCACAGGAGAACAUGGCAGCGUGGCAGACUUAAAAAAAUCCAAGGCUUAAACAAAUUUAGACAGCUAGAAAAUAUACUCCUCGAAGUUAUUUUAGGAAAUUCUGUAUUUUUGAGCCUUGAAAGUUUCUGCAAUUAUUUUUAGAGAAUUGCUUUAACAUCUUUAGUCUGUUUUUACAUGCUGUUGUUUUAGAUUUAAACCAGACCCAUUAUUUGUUUUCAAAAUAAUAAACAAUUACAACUCAGAAAAUCGCAUUUUUAUUCGGUUCUGGGAAAAUGAUUUUGUGCCACAUAUUUUGGAAAAUUUUGAACUCAGCUGAACCAGAACUGUUCCCUUAUUGCAGUAAAACUGGGAUAAAAAUAAAAGAACUUAAGUAAGAUUAACAGUUAAACCAAUAAUAUUCAUUAUUUAGAAAGUUGAGAAGAUAAGUUGUCUGGUAUUUUUUUAAUUAUUGGCUUGCUGUAUUGUACUGUGAACUCAAAAGACCUCCAUGUUGUUGAAGCAAGUUGUCUUUGUGCACAAGUAACAGUCAGGUAUGGAAAGUUUUACUGGGAAUAUUUUGUCAGUGUUGUUUUGAUGUGGCACCAGCCUUUUCAUCCACACUUGUAGCCUAAGAACAAAAAAAAAUCACACAAUCUUCUGCUGACAUCUUGUCAGCAUGGACCUUGAAACACUCCAGGCCUUGUUGCCACAGCCGUGGAAGAUCUUAAAGUGGACUUCUCAACUUGAACAGGUAGCUGCUGUUUCAUUACAAAUGUGAAAUUUCUAUAGACCAUGGAAAGCAUUUCUUUUUUUGACCAGCAGACUGACUAAACUCUUUACAUCACAUUGCACUUUUUCAUUGUUUUGUUUUUAGUUGCUGUGAUGCUGCUGUGACAAAACUGAAUUCAGCCUUCAACUGAGCAGUUCCAUUUUUGCAAAGCUUGCAAAGAUCAAUAGGUUUCUCAUUUCAAAAUGUCUGAACUUUUUGGUUUGUUUAAAAAAUGAUUUGAGUGGUGGAGUUUGACCUUAUAUUAAGCUGCAAAAUAAUAAGUAAUGAAUGACACACUUUCCAUCUUUUGGAGAGCAAGUCAAGUCAAAUAGUUUUGUUGAUAUGGAGACAUCGCUGACAUUUUGACAUGCCAUCACCAAGACCAUUUGUUCUGUCUACUGUCUGCUCACGAUCCAGAGCAUGUGUUGCA